AUGGAGCAGGAGCUCCUCCAGCUACUCGCAGCGACCCAGUCCCCCGCAGCACCGACUCGCCAAUCCGCAGAACUACAAUUGCUGCAGCUUUACUCCAAUGAGGCCUUCCCGUUAUCCCUCGCGACAAUCGCUGCUCAUGACUCCGUUGAUGCUGCACUGCGCCAGUCCGCCAUCUCCGUGCUCCGAACCUUUAUCGUAGCGUCAUGGUCCCCCCUCCUCGACGAGUUUAAAGGCCGCGUUUGGCUCAAUGACGCGAACAAGGCAACUCUACGCAAUGCCCUUCUCAAUCUCGCAACCACCGCAGAGACGAAUCGCAAGAUCAAGGCUGGCGCAAGUUAUGCUGUCAGUAAGAUUGCCGCCGCCGACUUUCCUGAAGAGUGGCCCGAGCUCCUUCCCUCGUUACUUCAUAUUAUCAACGACCCCAACAGCAGCGAUGGGGCUCUUCACGGCGCAUUGAAGGUUUUGUUAGAUCUGGUAGAUACCGGCUUCAGUGAGGAACAAUUUUUCAGUAUUGCCCGAGACUUGGUGUCUACUCUUUUCGCCGUUGCGACCAAUGAAUCGCGAAAGACAAUUAUCCGAGCACUCGCUAUUUCCGUCUUCCGAUCAUGUUUCGACACCUUGGAAAUGGUCCUUGAGCAGCACAAGGCUGCUGUGAAGCAGUUCAUGGACGAAGCACUGAGUGGAUGGUCGCCGUAUUUCUUGUCAGUUAUGAAGCUGCCCUUGCCUCAACGCCCAACAGAGGAGGAAGAGGGCAAGGAUACUGAGGUGCCGUCCCAAUGGAGGGGAGUCAUUGCAUUGAAAUUGCAAGCAGUCAAGACCGUUAUGAAAAUCCGCAUGGUGUUUCCUACGCUAUUGACGACGCAGAGCCCGCAGCUGUUCACCACCCUUUGGGAAGAAUUGUCAAGUAUCCAGGGCCACUACUUCGAAAUGUUCGUGCAAGACGAGCGACAGGGACGACUGGAGGAUACAGAUGGCUUACCAUACACACUCGACUUCCUCGUACUGGAAGAGAUCGACUUGAUGCAAGCCUUGAUCAAAGCUCCCCCUGUGAAGGCCGAGCUACAGGCUCAGCUACAAAACGCCAAUGAAGCGGCAACGACUUCUGGGUGGCUCCCCGAGAUCAUCAAGCUAGCCGCGACCUAUGCACAGAUCACUACGGAGGAAGAGGGUAUCUGGGAAAUCGAUGUCAACCUCUUCUUGUCGGAGGAAACGUCCGUAACAGCCAAUUACACGCCGAGGACAUGUGGAGGUGAUUUGAUUAUCAAGCUAGGGGAAUGGUUGAAAGUUACAGUCGUUCAGGCAUUGGUUAUUCAUAUUAACAACCUUUUCGCCGACACCUCCUCGACGUGGAAAAACCGAGAGGCUGCAUUGUUCAUUCUCAAUCAGCUGCUUCGAGACUUUAACGAAGUCGAACAACAAAUCCCAUUGGAUGUGGCCUCCGGCUUUACAAAUAGUAUUCAAUUUGCUCUUCAAAAUGAGCAAGAUUACCUACGCGCGCGAGGAUAUCUGGUCGCAGGAGUUCUUGCUCAAACGGCGGGKUCAGAAUUUCAACCGAUCGCCGCUAGCUACUUGGAAAGCACAAUGAAAGCGAUAUCUCAGGACUCUUCAGAAAUUGUCCAGGUUGCCUGCAUUCGAGUCUUGCAAGAUCUUUUGCCGGCUCUUCCAUCCUCGACCACACAACCCAUGCAAAUACCAAUCAUCGGCUCGAUAUCGGAGUUCAUAGCAGCCCAUGAUCUGAGAGAAGGCACCGAUAAUGACGAUCUCAAGGUAACACUGGCUGAAACACUUCGUGACACUAUCAUGAUCGAGCCCAAGGUGGUCUUGGACUCACCUGCCUUGGAUGUGCUCUUCAACGUGGCCAGCAAUGGAGCGGAGAAUUUUCAUUUGGUCAUGGUCGUCACCGAGACCUUUGAGGAUAUUGUGCAGUACGUCUCACAACAGGGCGCAGAUGCUUAUGUUCGAUUGUGCGAGAAAGUACUUCCAUCAUUGACAGGUGCUAUCGAUGUUGGCAAUAUCACAGAAGAGGGUGCACUCACUGUUCUGGCAGCAGACUUACUUCGAGCCUUGGCGGAUCAUGGUUCUGAGCCUCUACCAAAUGGAUUUGUUGCGACUGUGAUGCCAAAGUUGAGCCGACUCUUACUCGAGGGCAACGACAGCGAACUCGUUCGCGCUGCCACGCUAGCAGUAUGUCAUAUUUUGACCCAUGAUUUCGACCAGUUCCUUGCUUGGCAUGAACCGCAAUCUGGCAAGGGUGCUAUUGAAACGGUGUUAUUGAUUAUCGACCAUCUCUUGAGCCCCAACAUCGACGACGUUUCUGCAGCAGAAGUGGGCUCACUGGCGGCUGUUUUGGUUGAAAAGGCAGGUUCUGAGAAGCUUGGUCCUUAUUUACCGCAAUUGCUUCAAGCUGUGGCACAACGUCUGGCUACAGCACAGCAAGCUCAGUUCAUUCAGAGCCUAAUACUUGUUUUUGCACGCUUAACCCUGAUUAGCGCUCGAGAAGUUAUCGACUUUUUGGCUCAACUUAAUCUUGGUGGACAGAGUGGACUUAACGUUGUCUUGAGCAAGUGGCUGGAAAACUCUGUCAACUUCGCUGGAUAUGAUGAAAUCAAACAGAACAUUAUCGCUCUGUGUAAGCUAUACAAUUUAGAAGAUCCUCGCGUCGCGCAAGUCCAGGUCAAGGGCGACCUGAUCAUUCAGGAGACUGGACGAAUCAAGACGCGGUCUCAGGCUCGUCAAAAUCCGGAUCAGUUCACGACUGUGUCGGCCAAUAUAAAAAUCAUCAAGGUCCUCGUAGAGGAAUUGGCAGGGGCUUCUGGCAACAAGGAGAUCGAUGCAGCAACAGCCGCAGCUCUUGAAGAAGCAGACAGCGAAGAUGAUGAGUGGGAGGACUUGCCCAGCAAUACACUAGACCUUGGACUGGGGGUCACAAAACAGGAAUUAAUGUCAUUUGGUGAAGGAGGCACGGAAGGCUCCUUUGCCGUUCGGAAGCGCGAUGACGAGACGCAAGCGCUCUUGUUACAAUUUUUCCAGGAGGCGUCCGGUAAACCUGGAUUCCAGGAACUAUUUGCGGCACUUACGCCUGGCGAGCAGGACAAGCUGAGGAGCUUGGGCUAG